CCCGUGCUCGUGCUUUUCCUCGGGGACCUCGAACAGGAACCUGUGGGGUCCAGGGAGCCCCCAGCCCGUGCACGAACUUGGCGGGUCAGCGCACGUGGCGGCCCGGUCGGUGGGGGGGGGGUUCCAGUUCUGCCGCCGCCCAGCUUAUCCCACUCGGGACUCAGCGAGUGCCCACUCCACCAUCUACCCUCCUCCCAAGUGUAGUUUCGCAAACCGAAGGCCCGAGGGCCAAGGUCAUGGGGGGCCGUCCCCGGUCUGCAAGCAGCGCACCCCGCAGUGUCCACCAUCUCAGCGCCUCCGCGCCACCUGAUGGGGUGUCUGCAACUGUUGUUUUUAUGUUGCUGGAGCCCCUUCCUGCUCAGCCCCCACCUAACCCCCAUGGGCGGGUUUAAGAUAAAGAGAAAGAGAAACUUGGGAGGUGGACAGACAGGCUUGCUCCUGAGGUCUUUCUCCUUGGUGCAACUGUUAGUGAGAGAAGGUUUGUUAUAGCUAAGUUUCCCUUUUAAUUAUAAUCUUGCCUAAUGCUAAACGAGCUGGAGAGGAGAGUGAUCCCACAGGAGCCAGGAAAUCCCAUUCUGCCCUAGUCUAGGGGUUUGGUCUAGUUUUCUUUGCAGAGACUGGUUUCUACAGCAUCAGCGUAAUUUUACAGUUAAAUUCUUUUUGCGGAGAUGGCAAAACAGCCUGGGCUGGGUUUCCGAGGCCUUGUGUACAUUUCUCCGUGCACUUAGCUUUGAACAGAUGUGGUGUUUACAAAACGCUUGAUUUGGUGAGUAAGUCAUUGUUGGCUGGUGGGUGGCUGGCCUCACUGAGCCCCUGCCAGGUUCCAGCAGCACGUUACACCAUAGGACAUAAAGUGUGUUUUGUGGGCUCCCCCCUCCAGAACCCCACAGCAUUUAGAGGACCAGAAAGAAGGCGUGUAGCUCCUAGCCUGCUUUGUUUAGGAAAGAUGUACAGGCACUGGAAGUCUGAGCUGUGUGUCGGGUAAGUGAAAAGUUGCAGCGCUUCCGCUGGGAAACUAGGAUGUGGGCAGCAAGAAAGUUGCGGCGAAAGGGGCAGGACCUGAGGGAGCGGCAGCAGGUCUUCCACAGCCACAUGGGCCUCUUUUCCUGACAGCCAAGCCUUCUGCGGCCAAGAGGCUGACUUCUUUAGGCCUGGGCUGCCUUUUCUCUCGCCUGGGAAGGCAGGGAGCCUCCAGAUCCAAGAGGCUGCCCCUCGGUGUGCCCUCGAGGAGACGGCCAGACAGGGGUCCCUGGCGGUUCACCCCUACAGCUUGUACCAACCCCUGGGAGAUGGUGGAGCAAGGAUCCAAGGCUGGGUCUGAAGGGUCCCACCCUUGGCACCGCAGACCCACCCCAGACCCAUAGGCAGCUUGGGGAGGCCGCAGAGCAAGUAGCAGAACCAGGAUCAGGAUCAGGGACCUGCCUGGCCGCGUUCCCCUCGCCACCCUGGUGAAUGCACCCAGGUUACCUGAGUUCUAAAGUUGUAGAUGUCAGGUGUCCCAGAAACUUUAUUGCUUUGCCCCAAAGCAUUGGUCAGUUUCUGUUUGCUGUGGGAGGCUUGUUUCCGAUUGCUGUUGGAAGUCCGGGUCCACCUUGACUUCCUUAUCUGUGUGGCUGUUCUAGUUCAGUGCUCGUGACCUCAUCCGGCUCCCUGGUGAUGGGCCCUCUUGGAGUUUCCCGUGGGGGGGGGACCACCGUUGCCCACUUGGGGUGGUCACCGUGUGGGAGCGUGCGUCAUGCUCAGACCAUGUGGUAGUUAUGUUAUGGGAAUGUGACAGUCUCACUGAUCGCUGACGACACCCACCCUCCCCUCAGACCUCCUUCGCUUUGGUGUCUGGUCAGCCCCUCCCGAGCGGCUCCCAGGCCAGAGGGGCGGCUCCACUGUCGAGGGUACCUGCGUCCUCAGGAAGUGGGUGGAUGCCUGGGGUGCCGCCCCAUCGGGGAUCUGCACUUUUGAGUUUGAGCCUUUGAAGGCAAAGCUUCCCUGCGUCUGGACUGUACAGGGGCUGGUGAGGCCACUGCUUUUAGUUCAUGUUUUCGUCAUCUUGGCUGUCACAGUGGCCCGAGCAGAGCCGGGGCGGGUCUUGAGGGCAGAGGUCCAAUAGGAGCAGCAGGUGUCACGUGUGGCCUCGUGGAGCCAGGUGCCACGGGCGAGCAGAUGUCCUCCCUCCUGGGCCGCCCAGCGGGACAGGUGCUCACCUUGCUGAGGGCCGGGGAGCGGUCAGGGUUGUGUCCCGGUCUCCUCCGUGGCCUUGGAGAGUCAGCUUAAGAGGGGUCCCCGGACUGAGGUUCUGGGGGCUGAUGUGUCAUGGAGCCGGAGAGGAGUUUGAGGGGGGUUUUAUCUGGCAGAUGUGGUUCUGCUGGCGUUCCCCCGGGCUGGUGAGACAGGGACCCUUGGAUGUGACUGAAGGCAAGGGAGGGUCCCAGGGCGAGGAGGGACCUGGGGGAGGGGAGGGAAAGCAGCACUGGGUCUCUGGAGAGAGGUGUGGGCAUGGCUGCUCAGGACAGAAACGCGGGAGGUGGGUGAUGGGGGGGCACAUGAGGGCUCAGGUGACUUAGCACUGGAGGGGUCCUGGGGUGGAGCCUGUGGGUCCCUCAUGGGCGUGGCUCUUUCUGGAACGGUUACUUGUGGAGGCUUUGAACGCAGAGAGCCUUCCGUUGAGCUCUGGCUGGCCCCGUGGGUGUAGACCGGGAGCAUGCAGGGCCGAGCUUCCUGAGGCCUGUGGGCGUGAGCACCCUUUGGGGGGGCCGCUGUGUGGUGGGGCAAGAGGUGUCCUGCCCUGUAGGGGUGGGGGUGGAGGGCCUUUUCUCUGGGGCUUCUCUCUUGCAUUUUGGAGCUGUCUUGGGCUCUGCAGGGUGUGGAACAGCAUCCCUGGCCCCCACCCCCUCGAUGCCAGAAGCCACAGAUGUCCCCAGACGUGGUCCAGUGUCCCCUGGGGGCAGGAUUGUCCAGGUGAGACCCCUGUUUGGGAGCAUUUGCUCUUUGAGGCCUGGUUCCCAGUGUGUCCAUGCCACUCGCUUCCGUGGGUUAGGACGUGUGUCCCAGGGCUGUUGGACGCCUGUACAGUUGGCUGUGAUGCUGGGGGCUGCUCCGCUUGACUCCCUUCUGGUUCUGGCCGUUGCAGUGGGCCCAGCACCUGGACUUGGUGGCGUGCUGCCCUCUGUGCGGGGCCCCUCCUCAGAACCCCUGCCCUGGGUUGCGCUGGACCUCUGUAGCUUCAGCUCUGACUCCUCCCUUGGCAGGGCACACCGAGGCUUAGAAGGGUCAGGGGACUCGGUCAAGGUCACUCCCAGGGUGGCCAGGCUAGAAUUGGGGGCACCCCUGCAGGGGAGCGCGGCUGUGUUUCGGCGGAGGUCGCUGUCUGGGGGGCUCCGGCCAGCGGGGGUUGGUGGGCUGUGGUGUCUUUUGGGAGCUGGCGCGCCUCCCACGUGCUCAGCGAAGGUCAACCCAGGCUUUCCAUGUGUUGUGCGGCCCCAUAGUUUGUGAGAGGUGAUCUCACCGGCCGGUGGAGGGAAGCCCAGCCUGCGGAGUGAGAUCCCUGCCCCGACCACUGUCUUUGGGGUGUCCAGUCUGUCACAGCAGAAGGGCUGGAAGUGGGGUGGCUCCCUGGCUGCAGAAAGGCGUGAACACAGGCUGUCGAGGAGAGGGCCGCCUGCCGGACCGUGUGAGGGGUCCUGGCCUUGGCCCCCUGUCCUCCUGGGCGCGGCAUGUGGUGCCUGCCGUGGGCAGCCUGGGCCGGGGAAGCCACCGGAGCCUGACUUUCUGGUGUACAUACCACACAGUUGCCCUAAAGUACCCAGAGCAAGGACAGGGGAGUCAUCCAGAGCAGGUUUCCAUUCAGCAGCCGGAAGAGGGUGAGUGUUUCCCAGACCCCAGCACCUGGUCACUUGUGCCAAACCCCUUCCUGGAGGAAGGCAGCGAUCCCAUCCCGGCAGUUGGGGUGCAUACCCCGGCAGCCAGCGCUGACUGCAGACCUCUUCUCGGGUCUCCAGGGAUGGAAGGGUGUGACAGAGCCAGGAGGUCCCCUGGGGGCAGGGUGGGGUCUGUGGGAGGGCCCCCCAGUUUCCAGCUUCAGCUGAGUGAUGACUCUGGCACCCUUCAUAGCAGGGAAGGGCUGGAGAGAGGCUGCCACGCAGGGUCAGCUGACCCUUCAUCUGCUGAGUUGUGUGUAAACGCCCAGAAAGGCCUGAGGUCAUCUGGUGCCAAGCAAGUCUGUCUGGGCCACCCCACGACGGCAGCAGGGUGGGCAGAGCCCGGCGCCCUGUGCAGGUGUGUUGGCUGUGAUACCGGCGAUGGCGCCAAGUCUGCCUAGAGCCCCCGAGUCCCUGCCACCGCGAGUCAGCGAGGUCUCCCUGGGCCUUCCGGAACUUCCAUCUGCAGACAGGGAGCAGGAGGAAAGGAAAUAUAUAAAGCACCCAGCACAGCGCUGGCAUGGGGUCUCCGGUCACAAAGAGCUCUCUCCUGUGCCAGCUGUGCUCCUGGCAUCUUCUCAGGGGAAGCUCUUCGUGGGCGGUCUUGACUGGAGCACCACCCAAGAGACACUGCGCAGCUACUUUUCCCAGUAUGGAGAGGUUGUGGACUGCGUGAUCAUGAAAGACAAGACAACCAACCAGUCUCGAGGCUUUGGGUUCGUCAAAUUCAAAGACCCAAACUGCGUGGGCACAGUGCUGGCCAGCAGACCACACACCCUCGAUGGCCGAAACAUCGACCCAAAGCCCUGUACGCCUCGGGGGAUGCAGCCGGAGAGGACGCGGCCGAAGGAAGGCUGGAAAGGACCCAGGAGUGAUAACAGUAAAUCAAAUAAGAUAUUUGUCGGUGGAAUUCCUCACAAUUGUGGUGAGACAGAGCUCAGGGAAUACUUCAAGAAAUUUGGAGUGGUCACGGAAGUGGUCAUGAUCUACGACGCGGAAAAGCAGAGGCCUCGAGGUUUUGGAUUUAUUACUUUCGAGGACGAACAAUCAGUGGACCAGGCUGUCAACAUGCAUUUUCACGACAUCAUGGGCAAAAAAGUGGAAGUUAAACGGGCCGAGCCACGGGACAGCAAAAGCCAAGCGCCAGGCCAGCCGGGGGCCAGCCAGUGGGGCAGCCGGGUCGUGCCCAGUGCCGCCAACGGCUGGGCAGGUCAGCCCCCGCCCACGUGGCAGCAGGGGUAUGGCCCGCAAGGGAUGUGGGUGCCAGCAGGACAGGCGAUUGGUGGCUACGGACCGCCCCCCGCAGGAAGAGGAGCCCCUCCGCCGCCUCCGCCCUUCACCUCUUACAUCGUGUCUACCCCUCCUGGAGGGUUCCCCCCUCCCCAGGGCUUCCCCCAGGGCUACGGCGCGCCCCCGCAGUUCAGUUUUGGCUACGGGCCUCCACCUCCCCCACCGGAUCAGUUCGCCCCCCCAGGGGUUCCCCCACCACCGGCCACUCCGGGGGCUGCACCUCUGGCCUUCCCGCCGCCUCCGUCUCAGGCCGCUCCGGACAUGAGCAAACCGCCGUCGGCGCAGCCCGACUUCCCGUACAGUCAGUACGGUUACGGACAGGACUUGGCGGGCUUCGGACAGGGCUUCUCAGACCCCAGCCAGCAGCCCCCCUCCUACGGGGGCCCCUCGGUGCCCGGCUCGGGGGGUCCCCCCGCCGGCGGAAGUGGCUUUGGACGCGGUCAGAACCACAACGUACAAGGAUUCCACCCCUACCGACGCUAGCCGCAGCACCUUGAGGAUGUCGGGCGGCUGAGGCCAGGAUUCAAACUUGUGAACUCGUGACAAUCACAAACUUGGGGAAAAUACCAACUGGAGCGUGGGGGGCUUCUGGCGGUGGCUGUGGGCAUCUGGACCGAAGUUUUUAAACGUAUUAUUUCUCUAACCCAUCAGCUCAAUAAAAAAGUCACUGGUUCAACAACAGGGUUAAAAAAAUUCUUCAGCUUUAAUUCAAAACUUCAGGUUUCUUUUUCUUCCUUUUUUUUGCAAUUAUUUUCCUGAGCCUUUAUUUUACCGUAUAUUGUAAACUUUUAUGUUAAAGAAAAAAAUAUACAUUUACAAAUUGUGAGAUUUUUAAGAGAAAUUUUCUACAAUGUAUACUCGCUUAUUUUUUAAUUUAAAACAGGGUUUCUGUCGGCACUGGUGGAGGUGAGGGGCGUUUUUAGUCCCUCACUCCUGGCUUUGAGGGUUGGGACUCGUUGGUCCAGAAACUCUGGGAGCUUAAAGAAGAAAUCUACUGAGUGUGUUUUGUUUUUUGUUUAUUCUUUGCUUUUGUCGACUGGCGUGCCUGGCCAUGUCUGCAGGUGCGCCGUGGGGCCGCGCUCGCCUGCGUCCGCUCUGGCGUCAAGGACCAGGAGGAGGCCGGGCCAGCCCAUCUCCCGCGCUUGGGGCUUUAGGGCGUCCCCGCUGACCGGUUUGAAUAAAGAAAGUGCGUUUGGAU